CGGGGUGAGGCGCCCAGGUGAGCGCGCGCGGGUGGCGGCGGAGGAAGGUGACAGCGAGGAGGGCGGGCCAGUGAGGGGAGGCUGUACGGACCAAGCCUCGGCCCGACGGACGAACGGAGCGACGGACCGACAGACGGACUUACCGGCAGACAUGCAGGUGGCCCGGCUUUAGCCCAGGCACAGGGCUCGGGUGCAGCCAUGGAGCAGCGGCUGCGCGCUCUAGAGCAGCUGGGUCGGGGUGAGGCCGGCGGCGGCCUGGGGCUCGACGGUCUCCUAGAUUUGCUCUUAGGGCUGCACCACGAGCUCAGCAGCGCCCCCCUGCGCCGGGAGCGCAAUGUGGUGCAAUUCCUGAGCUGGGCCACCCCCUUCGUAACAAAGGUGAAAGAGCUACGCCUACAGAGAGAUGACUUUGAGAUUUUAAAGGUGAUCGGCAGAGGGGCCUUCGGGGAGGUCGCCGUGGUGAGACAGAGAGACAGUGGGCAGAUCUUUGCCAUGAAAAUGCUGCACAAGUGGGAGAUGCUGAAGAGGGCCGAGACGGCCUGUUUCCGGGAGGAGCGAGAUGUGCUGGUGAAGGGGGACAGUCGUUGGGUAACCACUCUGCACUAUGCCUUCCAAGACGAGGAAUAUCUGUACCUGGUGAUGGACUACUACGCUGGUGGAGACCUCCUCACACUGUUGAGCCGCUUUGAGGACCGUCUCCCACCUGAGCUGGCCCAGUUCUACCUGGCCGAGAUGGUGCUGGCCAUCGACUCGCUGCACCAGCUGGGCUAUGUCCAUAGGGAUGUCAAGCCAGACAAUAUCCUGCUGGACAUGAAUGGUCAUAUCCGCCUGGCUGACUUUGGCUCCUGUCUGCGACUCAACAAUAGUGGCAUGGUGGAUUCAUCGGUGGCAGUAGGGACACCAGACUACAUCUCCCCGGAGAUCCUGCAGGCAAUGGAGGAGGGUCAAGGCCACUACGGCCCACAGUGUGACUGGUGGUCGCUGGGAGUCUGCGCCUACGAGCUGCUCUUUGGGGAAACACCCUUCUAUGCAGAAUCCCUGGUGGAAACCUAUGGCAAGAUCAUGAACCAUGAGGACCAUUUGCAGUUCCCCUCUGACGUGCCUGAUGUUCCAUCCAGUGCCCAGGACCUGAUCCGCCAGCUGCUGUGCCGCCAAGAGGAGCGGCUGGGCCGUGGUGGGCUGGAUGACUUCCGGAGCCAUCCCUUCUUUGAGGGUGUGGACUGGGAGCAGCUGGCGGCCAGCACCGCCCCCUAUAUCCCUGAGCUUCAAGGGCCUGUGGACACCUCCAACUUUGAUGUUGAUGAUGACACCCUCAAUCAUCCUGAUACCCUGCCACCACCCUCCCAUGGGUCCUUCUCCGGCCACCACCUGCCAUUCGUGGGCUUUACCUAUACCUCUGGGAGCCUCAGUCCUGAGAGCAGCUCUGAGCUAGCAGCUGCCCAGGAGUGGAAGCUCCGCUGUUUGGAGGAGGAAAAGGUGGAGCUGAGCUGGAAGUGCCAAGACCACCAGGAGCUGGCACAGCUGCAGAAGGAAGUGGAAACUCUGAGGGAGAGGCUGGCAGAGACACUGAGGGACAGCAAGGCCUCCUUGUCCCAGAGGGAUGGGUCCCCUGGUGAUAGCCCAGGCCAAGUCAGUGACCUACAGUCGGAGAAGGACCAGCUUCAGCAGGAGCUGGCUGAGGCCCAGGCAGGGCUGCAGGCACAGGCACGGGAGCUAUGCCGAGCCCAGAGCCUGCAGGAGGAACUACUGCUGAGGCUGCGGGAGGCCCAGAAGAAAGAGGUGGCCACAACCAGCCAGAUCCAGGCCCUGAGUUCCCAGCUGGAAGAAGUCUGUGAUAUCAGGAAGGAGCUGGAGAACCAGGUGGCCAGCCUGAGCCAGGAGGUGAUGAGACUCCGGGGACCACAAGACCGAAGCCUUAAGAAGGAAUCUUCCCAGACCAAGACCGUCCAUGCAGCCUCUGAGACCAAUGGCACUGGAUCAUCUGAAGAGGGCACUCAUGAGGCCCAGCUCCUCAAGGAAGUGGCCAUCCUGCGGGAACAGCUGGAACAGGCUUGCCGCUAUGGCCUUUUGCUCCUCAGGCCCAAUGGGAAGGAGGAGGCUCUGUGCCAGCUAAGGGAGGAGAACCAGAGGCUGAGCCGGGAACAGGAGCAGCUGGCCGAAGAGCUGGAGCAGGAACUGCAGACCAAGCAGCGGCUGGAAGGCGAGCGGCGGGAGACUGAGAGCAACUGGGAGGCCCAGAUUGCAGACAUCCUCAGCUGGGUGAAUGAUGAGAAGGUCUCGAGAGGCUACUUGCAGGCCCUGGCCACCAAGAUGGCUGAGGAGCUGGAAUCCUUGAGGAAUGUGGGUACCCAGACAAUCACCACCCGGCCUCUGGACCACCAGUGGAAGGCGCGGCGUCUGCAGAAAAUGGAGGCCUCAGCGCGGCUGGAGCUGCAGUCAGCACUGGAUGCUGAGAUCCGAGCCAAGCAAGGGCUGCAGGAACGGCUGACGCAGGUGCAGGAGGCCCAGCUGCAGGCUGAGCGGCGCUUGGAGGAGGCUGAGAAGCAGAACCAGGCCCUACAGCAGGAGCUGGCUGCACUGAGGGACGAGCUUCGGGCCCGUGGGCCAGGGGACACCAAGGCCUCACACUCCCUCAUUCCCUUCCUGUCCUUCCGGAGCACAGAGAAGGAUUCUGCUAAGGACUCUGGCAUCUCAGGAGAAACCCCAAGGCCUGGGGUAGAGCCUGAGCUGAGGCCAGAGGGCCGCCGAAGCCUGCGCAUGGGGGCUGUGUUCCCCUGGGUGCCUGCUGUUACUGCCACCUCUGCAGAAGACCCUCCUGCUAAGCCUGGCUCUCACACACUGCGUCCCCGGAGCUUCCCAUCCCCCACCAAGUGUCUCUGCUGCACUUCGCUGAUGCUGGGCCUGGGCCGCCAAGGCCUGGGCUGUGAUGCCUGCGGCUUCUUCUGUCACUCAACCUGUGCCCCACAGGCCCCGCUCUGUCCCGUGCCCCCCGAUCUCCUUCACACAGCCCUGGGGGUGCACCCUGAAACAGGCACAGGCACUGCCUAUGAGGGCUUCUUGUCGGUGCCAAGGCCCUCUGGUGUCCGGCGGGGCUGGCAGCGGGUAUAUGCUGCCCUCAGUGACUCGCGCCUACUGCUGUUUGAUGCUCCUGACCCUCGAGCCAGCCCAGCCAGCACUGCCCUCCUGCAGGCCUUGGACUUGAGGGAUCCCCAAUUCUCUGCUACCCCUGUCCUGGCCUCCGAUGUUAUCCAUGCCCAAUCCAAGGACUUGCCACGCAUCUUUAGGGUGACAGCCUCCCAGCUGACUGUGCCUCCGACCACGUGCACUGUGCUGCUGCUGUCGGGGAGCGAGGGGGAGCGUGAGCGCUGGCUCCAGGUGCUGGGGGAGCUGCAGCAGCUGCUGCUGGAGGCACGGCCUCGGCCCCGGCCUGUGUACACACUCAAGGAGGCCUACGACAAUGGGCUGCCUCUGCUGCCCCACACACUGUGUGCUGCUGUCAUUGACCGGGGACGGCUUGCCCUGGGCACCGAGGAAGGGCUGUUUGUGAUCCAUCUGCACAACAAUGACAUCUUCCAGGUGGGCGAGUGCCGCAGAGUGCAACAGCUGACCCUGAGUCCCUCUGCGGGCCUGCUGGUUGUGUUGUGCGGCCGUGGCCCUAGUGUGCGCCUCUUCGCAUUGGCUGAGCUGGAAAGCACCGAGGCGGCAGGUGCCAAGAUCCCUGAGUCUCGAGGCUGCCACGUGCUGGCAGCUGGGCGCAUCCUGCAGGCUCGAACCCCUGUGCUCUGUGUAGCUGUCAAACGCCAGGUUCUCUGCUACCAGCUGGGCCCAGGACCAGGGCCCUGGCAGCGCCGCAUCCGGGAGCUGCAGGCACCCGCACCUGUGCAGAGCCUGGGGCUGCUGGGCGACCGCCUGUGUGUGGGUGCCGCUGGUGCCUUCGCUCUCUACCCACUGCUCAAUGAGGCUGCGCCCUUAGCACUGGGGGCUGGCCUAGUACCUGAGGAGCUGCCACCGUCCCGAGGGGGCCUGGGUGAGGCAUUGGGUGCUGUGGAACUCAGCCUCAAUGAGCUCCUACUGCUGUUCACCACUGUUGGUGUCUACGUGGAUGGCACCGGCCGCAAGUCACGCAGCCAUGAGCUGUUGUGGCCAGUGGCACCCAUAGGCUGGGGUUACACAGCCCCCUACCUGACAGUGUUCAGUGAGAACUCCAUUGACAUGUUUGACGUGAGGAGAGCAGAAUGGGUGCAGACUGUGCCGCUCAAGAAGGUGCGGCCUCUGAAUCCAGAGGGCUCCCUGUUCCUCUAUGGCACCGAAAAGGUCCGCCUGACCUACCUCAGGAACCGGCUGGCAGAAAAGGACGAGUUCGAUAUCCCCGACCUCACUGACAACAGCCGGCGCCAGCUGUUUCGCACCAGGAGCAAGCGCCGAUUCUUCUUCCGCGUAUCAGACGAGCAAAGGACGCAACAGCGCUGGGAGAUGCUGAAAGACCCCUUUGUGCGCUCCAAGCUCAUCUCACCGCCUACCAACUUCAACCAUCUUGUGCAUGUGGGCCCUAAUGACGGGCGGCCAAGCGCUAGGGCUCCGGAAGAGAAGGGCCGAGGUGCCCGUGGCUCCGGCCCACAGCGGCCCCACAGCUUCUCGGAGGCUUCGCGGCUCUCGGCAUUUAUGGGCAGUGAUAACCUCCCUAGAGACGCAGACUCCAACAUUUUGUUCUCCCAUCCCGCUCUUGCAGCAGUGAACAGGAAACCUUGGACAUCUCUGUCCAGCGAAUCAGUGUCCUGUCCCCAGGGGUCUCUGAGCCCUGCAGCCUCCCUGAUAAAGGUGAGCCAGUGGGAGGGGCUUUGCCCUCACCCAUCCCCAGACCAGGCAGUUCUGUCUGGCGCUGAGGCUGGAGGACAAGCUGAGCCCACCCUGCCCUCUGCACAAUCUGCCUCACCCUUUGCAGGUCUCAGAGCGGCCCCGGAGCCUCCCUCCAGCCCCUGAGUCAGAGAGUUCCCCAUGACACCCACUGGCAGAGCCCACCCCAUACCAGGACAGAGAGCCGUGAGGGAGCGAAGAGCUUGAGGAACAUCAUUUCCCGGCUGGCCCGGGACCCAUGGAGACUCAGACUCAGGGAGGGCCUGUGUUCUCAGGAGUAGGGUCCUGUCUCCCCAUCUUCAUCCCCCUUUCCCUCAGCUCCUGCCCUAGCCUGUGCUGGCCACUGGGGAUACAAUGGCCCUGGUGCUCAGGGGUAAUUGUGCCAAAGCUCUUCAUUCCAGUGCCAAGCCUUGGGAAACUUGUAAGCAUUAGGAUGAGGGAUACAGGAGGACAGGGUCUCUGGAGCAGGCAGGGGUCUUGUCUGUCCAGCCUCUGGCAGAAGCCGAGAUGGGGCACGUCAGGGUGUCUGCUGAAGGUUGGGGUGGGAAAGACAGGUAUUUUUGUUUAUUUGUUUGUUUUCUGGUACUGGAGAUCGAACUCGGGUCCUUGCGCUUGCAAGGCAGGCGGCAGAACCACUGAGCUAAAUCCCCGGCCCUUUUUUGUUUUUUAAAGGAAAGACAGGUUCUGAUUCAGAGGAAAGGACAGAAAAGGAGGAUGAAGGAUGUAGGUAAAGGAGGCAAGAGAGAGCCAGAGUGAAGGAGGAGGUGGUAGUAAUGGGAAGGAGAGAGAAUCCUUCCAGAGGAGAGGGAUAAAAAAAUCAAUCAAGAAGAGGAGGGUGAGACAAGACGGGGGUAAGGGCUGGGGAUUUAGCUCAGUGGCACUGUGCCUGCCUUGCAAGCACAAGGUCCUGAAUUCGAUCCCCUGUACCAAAAAAAAAGGAGAGAGGGAGGAAAGAACUGGGGAGAGAACCCAGACCUAGGGGUCCUUUCUUUGGAGUGGGCUUGGUGGAACUGGGAACAGGACUGAUGUUGUCAGUUUAUCUGCCCAGGGGGAGACAAUUCCCAGGCAGAGAUAGGAAGGGGAGGGUAUUUAUAGGGGCUUCUUGGUGGGAGACGGACACCUGGCAGGGCCACCGGAGGGUCUCCAGGCACUCUUUGGCUCUUCCCAGGAAGGAGGAUCCUUUUUCUCGAAGCUUCAACCAACUCUGUAUUAGGGGAAUAUAGGGGGCAUUUUAUUAUCAAUCAAUCAUUAUUGUUAUUAUAUUACUAUUUUUAUUAAACCUGCCCCUACCAAAGUGUGGGGGACAAAAUAAGUAUUUAUCUCCUCAAAUGCCACAUUCCCGGUAGGGAUAGACCAGGAUGCUCUGUGACGCAGUAAGAAACCAAUAAAGUGGGGCCGGGGAUUUAGCUCAGUGGUUCCGCUGCCUGCCUAGCAAGCACAAGGACCCGAGUUCGAUCCCCAGUACCAAAAAAAAAAAAAAAGAAA